AUGAUAUAUGCAAUCAUUCAUUUGGAUUUCUUGUAUAAUCCCUUUCCAAGAACAAGAAGGUACAGUGCCAAUGUCUAUUUCAUUGACACCAUAUUGUGUGACGUGAACCAGGACAUGGUGGUGGGUGGGACAGACACAACCUCCAACACGGUUGAGUUUGCCAUGGCGGAGAUGCUUAACAAACUAGAAGUGAUGAGAAAAUCCCAACAAGAACUAGACACAGUAAUUGGCAGAACCAACACAUUGGAAGAGCCUAACAUUCACAAACUACCCUACUUAAAAGCUGUGUUUAGAGAGGUUCUUCGAUUGCACCAAGUCCUCCCACUCAUGGUGCCUCAUUGCCCAAGCAAAUCAUGCACUAUCGGAGGUUACACAAUUCCAAAAGGAGUUCGUGUUUUCGUCAAUGUGUGGGCAAUACACAAAGACCCUUCAAUUGUGAAAACCCAUCAGACUUCAAUCCUGGGAGGUUUUUGA